AUCGCAGGUGCGGAUGUGAGCAUCUUGGACGGUCAUGGCCAAACAGCGUGGCGGGUUGCACUUUCUUGUGGUCACGAUGCCGUCGCCAGCGAGAUCCGGAAGCGCUGGAGUCUCACGGAUGAGCACGAAGACACGGACACAAUAGACGAUCUCAACGAUGAUGAGGCUGCGCUGACGCCAGCGCAGCGCGUCGCUGCAGCUCUGGAGGGUCCGCUACGCAACCUCGAGCAUCUUCUGGAAAUGGGCAUUGACAUCAACGAGCGCGACGCGAGCGAUGGGCGCACGAUGCUCAUGAAAGCAUCAAUGAAAGGGUUCACAACGGUGGUUCGGUUUUGCCUCCAACGCGGCGCGACCAUCGACGAGAUCGACAACACGGGGCGAACAGCGCUCCUCCACAGUGCCCCUCACAGUGACGUAGCUCUAUACCUUCUUUCUCACGGUGCAAACAUCCUGCACCAAGACGAUGGAGGUCGCACUGUCCUGCACGAAGCCGCUAGUCAUGGCUAUACCUUCAGCGAGAUCAUGGCCGUGCGCAAUAUCCAUGUCGACAUCAAGGACAAUGCGGGGUUGACACCACUGCACGAUGCUGCCAAGGUCGGCAGUGCCGUGGGGGCCAAGAAGCUGCUGAAUCUUGGCGCGCGUGUGAGCUGCGUUGACUUGGACGACCAAACACCGAUUCACUACGCCGCUAUGCACCCAUCACCCGCGGUGCUUCGAGUCCUCUUGCGAGCAGAGGCACGCGCAGCUUUUCUUCGAGACCAACGCGGGCGCUCGGCGGUGUUUGUUGCUAUCGAGCGCGGUCACAUUGCAUGCGUCGAAAUGCUUCGAGCGUUUGGCGUCACGCUCGACGAGACGGAUCCACAGAACGCGACUUUGCUCCAUGCCGCGAUUGCGUCGCAACAAGACGUCUCUGUGGACUAUCUCUUGGCGCAAGUUCCAGUCAUUGAGUGCACGGAGCCACUAAAGGGUUCCCUUGACACGCCACUGCACUUGGCGUGUCGAAUGGGAUACGUCUACGCAGUCGACAAACUCCUGAGUUCUGCCGCGGAUCCCCUUUCCACACGGCUAAAUGCUGUUGGCGACUCACCGCUCCAGACAGCUACCCGAUGCGGUCGUGUCGAUGUCAUAUCCACCUUUAUAUCACACGGCUUCGACUUGACGGUGACAGACCGUGAGACGGGUGCUUCGCUCCUACACGUCGCGGCCGAGAUCGACACGGAGACUUUGGACCCGACUCUUGUGCCUCUGUUGGUCCACGCAGGAGUCUCGCUGACACUUUUUGACAAGAAAGGGUGGCAGCCACUACAUAUCGCAGCCGCGCGCGCCAAAGGUGCGGGCGUUGUUCAAGCGCUUAUCGCGGCCGGUGCUCCCGCCAACGGCGCCGCCAAGAAUAACAUGACGCCGUACCAUUGCGCAGCCCAAAUGGGUUUGUGCUUUCCUCAUGCCACCACUCGACCUUACCCAAAAUUCUAGGCAUUGGAGAAAUCAUCGCGAUAUUCAAGGCGAAUGGUGUGUCAUAGUUGCGAGCCAACGAGUCACGCCACGCGAGUAAUAUAACUUAGCCAAAAGGACUAGUG